AUGACCAAUUCAUGGGAAACCAAGGCUGAGAUAUGCCGCAAGAUUCUCACGGACUCCCUGAACCAGGAAUGGCUUCUUCCACAAGCACAAUUACCUCCUCAAUCCACAACAAAUAUCAUGAUGUUUCCUGACACGUGUGGGAAGCUAACGGAUCGCGAGACGGCCAUCACCAAGUUGACAGCAGAAGGUCUCACAAAGAGAAUGGGGAUUGGCGAAAUGACUGCUACUGAGGUAGUCAUCGCCUUCCUCAAACGCGGCCACAUCGUUCACCAGCUAUGCAACUUUGCGACCGAGUUUUUGGUCAAAGAGGCACUUGAGCAGGCCGCAAAGCUCGACAAACAUUUCGAAGCCACGGGCAAGCUAGUUGGACCACUCCAUGGUGUACCGAUCUCGGUGAAGGAGCACUUUGGUUUCAAGGGCAAGGUGUGCCAUUCUGCCUACGUCUGCUUCAUUGACCACAUUCCAAGCGAAGACGCCUUGAUCUUGAGAAUACUCCGUGACGCAGGCGCGGUGCUCCACGUCAGAACAAAUGAGCCUCAGAUUUUAAUGUCCGGCGAAACCGACAAUCCUAUCUAUGGAGUAUCGGUCAAUCCCUAUAAUCGAAACCUCACACCCGGAGGGUCUAGUGGUGGUGAAGGCAUCGCCGUCGGCACGCACUGCUCAGUGAUUGGUCUAGGAACAGAUAUUGGAGGCUCUGUCCGUGUGCCGGCCGCGUUUUGCGGAGCGUACGGUCUGCGCACGACCGCGCUACGAAAUCCCUACAAAGGGAUUUUCUUCCAGCCUGACGGACAGGAAAGUAUUCGAUGCAUCGCUGGACCUUUGGCAAACAGCCUUGAAGACAUCAACUUGUUUGAGAGCGUGGUCUUGGGCAGUGAACCAUGGGACGAAGAAACCAGUUUGGUACCUCUUCCAUGGAAGAACGUGGCGCCACCGAGUGUCAAUGAUCUCACUGUGGGUGUCAUCUGGGAAGACGGUACAUGUCGACUCCACCCACCGAUGCUUCGUGCGCUCCGAACAGUGGUCUCACAACUCCAAAAUGCCGGGGUAAAGGUGGUAGAUUUCGAGCCAUUUGAGCAUUCAACGAUCGUGGAUGUCGCAAAAAAGCUCUUCUUCGCCGAUGCAGGGCAGUCACAGAAAGAAAUGCUCGCUGAUGGAGGAGAGCCAAUCGUGGCCCUGACACAAUUUGCCUUUGAUUUCGCCGUGCAAGAGCCCAUGACGGUCAGAGACAACUGGGCUCUGAACGAUAAGCGGGAGGGGUAUCGAGCAACAUACCAUCGUCUAAUGAAAGAACGCGGGGUCGAUGUCAUUCUGUCGGCUGCAUACCCAGGUCCUCCGGCAGAGUUGGGAACAUUUCACUACUGGGCCUACACAACUGUGUGGAAUCUCCUAGACCAGCCCGCAAUCACAUUCCCAACUGGCUUGACUGUCGAUCAAGACCUGGACAAGCCCUUUGAGAAAUUCACCCCACGGUCGGACGUAGAGAAGAAGGAGUUUUCCAAAUGUCAGAUUCACACCUUCAGUGUUGCGCAACCAGACGGCUAA